AGACACAGAAGUGGAGAGAGAGAGAGAGGUGGACGAAGAAAGUAGAGAGAGAAAGUAGAGAGAAGAAAAGAGUAGUGGAGGAAAAGGCUUGUUGAUGUACGAGCUCUGGCACCUGCAAUCUGAUAUCUGAAGAGAGAGAAAGAGAGAAGAGAGAAGUAGGGGAGAGCGGAGAGGCUAAUCGAGGAAAGUUCAGGCAAAUUUGGUGAUUCCUUGGUCGAUUCUAGGGUUUAGUUUUCUCGUAGCUUCAUCUGGACGUGUGAGGAGUAGCUGCUGAAGGAGUGGUGAAUGUGUGAGAGAUAGGGAAGUUGAAGCUGCUUCAGUAUUGAACGAGCUUUGUGAUAUUGGAGCAAGUCUCUGGGUUAUUUAUCCGAUUUCUCGAAGAGAAGAGCUGGAUUGAGAAGUUUCUGUGGGUUUUUGGUUGUCUAGAAGCUGCUUAGAUAUAAGAUGAAACAGAUCUAAGCUCGAGAUCAUCGAGAAAUGGCGACAUCGGAGAUUUCAACGAAAGGAAAUUCCAUUCACGUAAGAGGAGAGGGCUUCUCCUCUGGUUACAGUGAUCCAACGGAAGCGAGGAACGCCGCUUCUGCCGGCGGCGGCGGAGGCGAGGGUCAGCAGAGUCAUUCUACGCGAUCUGCUACAGUCGACCCUGAGGCUGCGCUUUUCAAGGAGCUGUGGCACGCGUGCGCCGGUCCUCUGGUGACAGUCCCCAAAAAAGAUGACCGUGUCUUCUAUUUCCCUCAGGGACACAUCGAACAGGUUGAGGCAUCGAUGAGUCAGAGGACAGAGCAGCAGAUGCCGGUCUAUGAGCUUCCAUCAAAGAUCCUCUGCCGGGUUAUUAAUGUAGAGUUGAAGGCAGAGCCAGAUACUGACGAAGUGUUUGCUCAAAUUACUCUGCUUCCUGAGUCUAACCAAGAUGAGAAUGCGGUUGAGAAAUUGCCGCCUCCGCCACCGCCACCGAGGUUUCAGGUGCACUCAUUUUGCAAGACGUUGACUGCUUCUGACACGAGUACUCAUGGUGGGUUUUCUGUGCUUAGACGCCAUGCCGAUGAGUGCCUUCCGCCUCUGGAUAUGUCACGGCAACCUCCUACACAGGAGUUGGUUGCUAAGGAUUUGCAUGGAAAUGAAUGGCGUUUCAGGCAUAUCUUUCGAGGUCAACCGCGGAGGCACUUGCUCCAGAGUGGGUGGAGUGUGUUUGUUAGCUCCAAGAGGCUUGUUGCAGGAGAUGCGUUUAUAUUUCUGAGGGGCGAGAAUGGCGAAUUACGCGUUGGUGUGAGGCGGGCAAUGAAACAGCAGGGAAAUGUACCAUCUUCUGUUAUAUCUAGCCACAGCAUGCAUCUUGGUGUACUGGCUACUGCAUGGCAUGCGUACUUGACAAAGACUAUGUUUAUAGUUUAUUACAAACCAAGGACGAGUCCAUCUGAGUUUAUUGUUCCAUUUGAUCAGUACAUGGAAUCUGUUAAGAAUAACUACUCGAUAGGCAUGAGGUUUAAGAUGAGAUUUGAAGGUGAGGAGGCUCCUGAGCAAAGGUUUACUGGCACUGUUGUUGGGAUCGAAGAUUCUGAUCCCAAGAGGUGGGCGAACUCUAAGUGGAGAUGCCUAAAGGUGAGAUGGGAUGAAACUUCUAAUAUUCCUCGACCUGAUAGAGUAUCUCCUUGGAAAAUUGAGCCUGCCCUUGCGCCUCCUGCAUUGAGUCCUGUUCCAAUGCCAAGGCCUAAGAGGCCAAGAGCCAAUAUUGUACCAUCAUCUCCGGAUUCUUCAGUGCUUACUCGGGAUGGCUCAUCAAAAGCAACGAUGGACCCUUUACCUGCAAGUGGCCUUUCAAGGGUCUUGCAAGGUCAAGAAUACUCGACCUUGAGGGGGAAAAUCACAGACAGUGCUGAGUGCGGUGCUCCUGAAAAUUCUUCCAUCUGGCCACCUUCAGUAGCUGAGGAAAAGGUUGACAUGGUAUGUACAUCUAGAAGAUAUGAAUCUGAGAACUGGAUGCCAUCAGGGAGACACGAGCCAACUUACACGGAUUUACUUUCUGGAUUUGGAUCAAAUGUUGAUACAUCCUGCAGUCAUCGGCUGCCAUUUACUGAUCAUUCAGCACCAGCUCCUGCUCCUACGAAGAAAAUGUUGGGUGAUCAGGAUGGUAAGUUCAAUUAUCUCGGUAACCAUUGGCCAUUGAUGCACUCUGGCCUUUCUCUCAAGUUGCCCGAGUCGUCAAAGGUGCCUGUCGUAGGGGAUGCCUCUUUUCAAGGACACGGCAACACUAAAUACGGUGGAUGUAGUGAAUAUCCGGUGCUUCAAUUUCAGACGGUUGAGAAUGCUCGUGGGAAUUGGCCAAUGCCUUCUCGUGGUUUGAAUUAUUUUGAUGACAUGGUUCAGGCGAGAGAGCUCGCAGCAAAGCAACCUGUAACGAUUCAAGAGAAGGAAACUGGGAAGUCAAAAGAUGGAAACUGCAGGCUUUUUGGCAUUCCAUUGGUGAGCAGUCACUUGAAUGAGACAGAGCCAACAGUGUCUCAGAGAAACAAGAUGGAUGAGCAAGUGCCUCAGAUACAGAACUUGUCACCGAAGGUCCAGGAUCAGUCUGAUCGGUCAAAAGGAUCUAAAUCAAUGAACGAUCAUCGGGCUGAGCAGGGAAGACAACCACAGACUAGUCAUGCCCAUUCCAAGGAUGCACAUGGCAAAUCAAAUUCAACUAGGAGCUGCACAAAGGUUCACAAGCAAGGAAUUGCGCUGGGUCGGUCUGUGGAUCUCUCAAAGUUCCAUGACUACGACGAACUAGUUGCAGAGCUGGAUAGGCUGUUUGAGUUUAACGGGGAGUUAAUGGCGACUAAGGACUGGUUGAUUGUUUACACGGACGAUGAGGGGGAUAUGAUGCUUGUUGGAGACGAUCCUUGGCAGGAGUUUUGUUGCAUGGUAAGGAAAAUAUUCAUAUACACGAAAGAGGAAGUGAGGAAGAUGAACCCGGGGGCCCUAAAUGCAAGGAGCGAGGAAGAUACGGCCGUUGCAGAAGGAUACGAUGCAAAGGAUGCCAAGUCGGUGUCGAAUCCUUCCGUGUCCAGCACCGAGAACUGUUGAAGAAGGGAGGAUUGCUUCCACCGGAGGUAAAGAAAUGAGAUGAAAUCAGUAUAACUAAUAACUUGAAACAGGGGGGGGGGGGAAUGAUAAGGAAAGAGGGGGUGGCAUGGCAUAUGCAGAAAGCACAAUUGGAAUUUGGGCGAAAUUGCAGGAGGGACAUCGAGAGAAAAGAGCAAUGCAAAGAGUGGUGGGGCGGGCCGAAGCAAAAUACGUCUAUGAUUGUUUUUUUUUUUUUAGGAAGAAGGGGAAAAAAAGAAGAAAAGGGUUAUCAAGUAUUCCGGGCGGGCUUUAGGUUGAAUCAUGUUUUCCUACCACGUAACAUAUAUUUGUUGGUUAUUAUGAAUAUAUAUUGAAACAUGGACAUUAAUACAAAUCUCUGUUUAUGGGUUGUUACAAUA